UGUGUGUGUGCGUGUGUGUGUGUAUGUGUGUGUGUGUGAGAGAGAGAGAGAGAGAGAGAGAGAGACUGACUCUGUCCACCAGCCUAACAUAUCGGGGCUGAGUGUGUGAGAGAGUGUGUGUUUAUGUGGAGUUUCUCUCUCCUUCAUCUUUUAUCACAGCACUUUGGAUCGCUUUGCUCGGCUCCAGAGACACUGUGAGCUCCGGAGUGUCCAUCUCCGCCUCUGCAAUCAUGGACAAGCACAAAGUGUUGGAGCAGCUAUUGAAAGAGCUGCAGCGUUUCCUGAAGCUCCUGGAUGGAGAGAACCUGAGUGGAAAUGCAACUGUGCAGAAGAGCCUGCUUACAGACCUGCUGCACUCAUACACAUCUUCAAACUGUGGGGAUGAAGAGUAUAUCUAUAUGAACAAAGUCCUUGUCAUUGGACAGAACAAAGACAAAACAGACAAAGAUCAUCGAGCAGAAACAGAGGCCAGUGAAAGUAUGGGAAAGCAUGUCUGUGCACCACAGAAAAGUCUUCCAGAGCUUCCUCCACCCAGAACACCUGGAAUAAGGAGGGAACCAUUUUCUCUUCCACCAGUUCCAGCACCAGCAUGUAUGGAUUCUCCAGAGAGUUACUAUGAGGAGGCGCAGCCCUAUGAUUCAACCAUCAAUGAUGAUGGAGAUGCAGUGAGCAGCUCCUAUGAGUCCUAUGAUGAAGAGGAAGUGCUGAAGGGAAAGUCUGCAGCACAGCACCAGUGGCCAUCCACAGAGGCAUCUAUUGAGUUAAUGAAGGAUGCAAGGAUUUGUGCUUUCCUCUGGAGGAAGAAGUGGCUGGGCCAGUGGGCCAAACAGCUGUGUGUCAUCCGAGAACACCGUCUCCUUUGCUACAAGAGCUCAAAAGACCAGACCCCCCUAUUGGAUGUCAGUCUGCUGGGCUGUAGCGUCAUUUACAAAGAAAAGCAGACUAAGAGGAAAGAGCACAAGCUGAAGAUCAUCCCUCAGGGUGGUGAGGCCAUUGUGCUGGGCCUGCAGAGCAAAGAGCAGGCUGAACAGUGGCUAAAGGUCAUCCAAGAGAUCAGUCCCAAAUCUGCUGAGGGCCCUGAUGCCUUUGAUUCACCAAGACUUAACUAUACUAAGACUGAGCUUAGUGAGAGAUAUUCCAUGGCUUCAGAGAGUGGCAGCAGCACAGACAGCCAUGUUGAGAACCUUGAGACUAAAGAUGUUAAGAGGAAAUCCGGUCCUGGCCUGAAGCUGAGUAAUCUAAUGAACAUUGGGAAAAAGAAGAUUUCGUCUUUAGAUGGUCCAGAGAAGUGUGUGGAGACAUCAGGCUAUCUGAAUGUUUUGGUGAACAGCCAGUGGAGGACACGCUGGUGUCUGAUAAAGAAUGGGAAGCUUUGGUUCUAUCAGGAUAAGGGAAAGUCUAAGGUUUCCCAGCAGCCUGUUCCUCUGGAAGGGUGUAUGGUGCUCCCCGACCCCAGCCCAGAACACCUCUACUCAUUUCGUAUACAGUUGGAAGGAGAGGAACUUGCUACCCUGGAGGCUAAAUCAUCUGCUGACAUGGGCCAUUGGCUGGGACUCAUACUCUCACAGACAGGAACCAAAACUGACCCAGAGGACCUCACCUACGACUAUGUAAACUCUGAGAGAAUAUCCAGUAUAGUUAAUGCAGCCAAGACCUCCAUGUACUUAAUGCAGAGGAGAUAUUCAGAGCAAAACAUGUACACCGAAAGUCUUCCAACAAACAACAAUGACCCUGAUGACUUGUACGAUGAUGUGGCCUCCACAGAGAAUGAGCAGGAGGAGGGUCAAGAUGGCAACAGUGAGAUGUUGAUAAAUCCAGAACAGGACGGAAAGGACAGGGUAUAUCUGGAUCUGAUCCCUGUGCGCUCCUUCCUCCACACAAAUUCAAGCCAAGUGUCCCCCCAUUCAUCCCCUACACCAAAGAAAGAGCUCAGUCCAGCCCCAACUCCAAGUAAUAGGCAACAUGACUCUGCCAGUGAGAAAGAUGUAUGUGAAGAGUCUUUGUAUGAGGCCUUGUUACCCAUACCCAAAGAAAAUCCUGAUCCUCCACCCAUUCCUAAAAGAUUGGAUGUGGACAACAGCCCUUCCCCAAGUCCUCCUCCUCAGUCCCGACCCCUGAUCCAGCAACACCAACCGCAGUCUCAGCAAGUCAGCUUCCCGAUUAAGGAAGGCCAGAAGAAGGGCUCAUCAUUACCUCACAGCCAGUUACAUUGUCAGCUCCGUACACCUUCACAGACAACCCAAAGUCCCCCAACCUCAAGAGUAAGGGCUGCAAGCGCUGAUAAAGGCCUUGAUAGACUGAAGCCAUCUGUAGCAGUGUACUCGGGGUCAACUGAGGUGAAGCUGGGGAAGAACCGAACAGAGGCUGACGUGCGGCGCUUCACUGAUGAGAAGGACCGGCUGGAGCGAGAGAGGGAGGAGGUCAAGACCACUCUAGCCUCACUGAGGAAGGAGAGACGGGAAGUGAAAGAGGAGCUAAGUUCAUGUCAAGAUCCUUCUAAAAAAGCUACUCUGGAGGCAGUUCUGAAGCAGAAGGACGAGGUGUGUCGGGAGGUGGAGCAAAGGAGAGUGGAGGUGGAGCUUAGUCUGGUGGAGGUAAAGGAGCGCUUGAAGAAGGUGGAGGCUGGACCCUUUACUCUGGGCACCACAGUGGACAGCAGCCUACUGGAGUUGCCAGUGCCCAAGAUAACCACUCCUGCCCAUUCCACUCCCAUCAACAACGGGGAGUCCUCACCUGUUAACUCAGCAACAGCCCUGAAAAAUAGGCCCCUUUCAAUCAUGGCCCCCAGCAAAGGAAAUGUACUGCAGAAAGCUAAGGACUGGGAGAAGAAAUCUACAAACUAGUUUGGAAACGAAGAGAACAAACACAGCAUGACAAUGAUAACAACCCGGAACUAUGCAAAGCCUAUGCAGGCUUCAAGGUCUACUUUGGCCAUGGCUUUUAGCAGGAAGGGAAAUGGCUUUUUUUUUUCUUUACUCCUCAGCCCUCACUUGCUAUUUCCUAUUCCCACUUCUCCUCCAGUGAAAGACUGUGACAGUACUGCUUACCACAGGCAGCUUAUCAGAGGCAACCCUGCUGGCUCCUGCAUUAACCCAACAACCAAUGCCACUGGACAAUGUUGAAUCAAACUAUUUAAAUAUUUUUUAUAUGAAAACUGAGGCAUUCCAUAUUUUAUAAAAUAUUUUAAAAUUUGUAUUUUAUAACAAUAAAGAGUACAUUAUGGAAAGGCAUGUGUUUUAUACAGCGCAUAAAAGAAGAAAGCAGAGAGCCUCAUAUAGUUAUCAAUGUGGUACAGUCUAGACUAGAGCUUAAAUUCAUGUAUGCUGGUAGCCUAGAUGUAAAUACAUUUACACACAGCCGCCUGGAUUCAUUUGGCUGUAUACUAGGUAAAACAUGCACUUUUCUUUUUUUUUUUAUUCCAAUAAAAAUGAGUUCUAAAACAUGGUCUAG